AUGUUGGAGAACCUCUUUUCUAAGGACAGAAGGAUUUCCCUCUAUGAAUGUAUGGCACAGUUUUACUUUCUCUGCCUUGCUGAAACUGCAGAUUGCUUUCUCCUGGCAGCGAUGGCUUAUGAUCGCUAUGUGGCCAUUUGCCACCCACUGCAGUACCACACAAUGAUGUCCAAGAAACUCUGCAUUCAGAUGACUGUAGGGACCUUCAUAGCUAGUAACCUGCAUUCCAUGAUUCAUGUAGGGCUUCUGUUAAGGCUAACCUUCUGUAGGUCUAAUCAAAUUGACCAUUUUUUUUGUGAUAUUCUUCCAUUGUACAGACUCUCUUGUACUGACCCUUACAUCAAUGAAUUAAUGAUAUAUAUUUUUUCAAUGCCAAUUCAAAUCUUUACCAUUGCCACUGUCUUGAUCUCUUAUCUCUUCAUCCUUUUCACUAUUUUCAAAAUGAAAUCCAAGAAAGGAAGAGGUAAAGCCUUGUCUACCUGUGCCUCCCACUUUCUCUCUGUCUCAAUAUUCUACAUUUGUCUUCUCAUGUACAUUCGACCAUUUGAAGAAGGGGAUAAAGAUAUACCGGUGGCAAUAUUUUAUACAAUAGUAAUUCCAUUAUUAAACCCUUUUAUCUAUAGCUUGAGAAAUAAGGAGGUGAUAAAUGUCCUGAAAAAAAUUAUGAAAAAUUAUAGUGAUUUUAAACAAACUUUAUCCUCUUCAGCAAGUUGA